GACCGAUUUGAAGAAACUGGAGCGUGGAGAUAACCUCAUUCUGUAAACUUUCACUUAGACACAGCACAAUGCAGAAUGCCAGGUUUGCUCCCUUAGCGAUGUUUGGCUCCACCUAUAUGUGUGAACAGCCACUCUCCCACUUGAAUCACAUCAAAAGCAAUGUGUGCUCAAGAUUAACAGAAAAAAGCCUGAAUGCUUGCAUGAAGCUAAAUCUGACCAGCUACAAACCGGACUUCAAAGAGAUGAGCAAAACAAUGCAGCAGCAGAGGUCACCUUAAAGAAGCGCAUGAUGCAGUGGGGAAAUUACUGUCAACCACUUCCUUUAAACUGUACUUCUCUCUCUGUUAUUAUAUAGAAUUAACCAUACCUCCCUGCCUCCACUCACCCAUUCAUUAUAAUGACAUUUUUACCUCCGGUUUCUGCUCUUUUACUUUGUUCCAACUCUUUGUGGAACUGCGUAAAACGGAGACCUCAAACUUCAUGUCUUUGUUUUAAAGUAAAGAAACACUGAGUGGUAAAAUACUGUGCAGCUGAACAGGAAUGGCUGACAGGAACAAUCUUGCUCAACACAAGAUGCAACAAGUAUUGCAGAGCACAGGAAAUGUGCUAGUUGUCACUGGUUGGAGUUUCUCUGCUGCGGAGUGUCUCUUUUCAGUGUAGACCAGACAGAAGACUCACAAUGACAGAAGCAUACAGUUUCCAUCUUGCGUUUAUCUUUGCAUUCUUCUACAUACAAGGAUGCGUUGCGGAAGAAUGUGUGGUUGCUGUGUCUCAGCCGGACUUCUUAGAAGAGAGUGAAAGAAACCAGACUGUCGCCAUACACUGCUACUUCAGCAGGUCCGGUAAAUGUCCUUCCACCAUGCCUGACGUGCUGUGGUAUCAGUUUCAACAGCGCACAUACAGAAAGCUCCAAAUACAAUCCUCAAGCAAGUAUUCCCUGGAAAAAUCUGACAACAACAGAUCCUUACUGAUCAGCUCGAUCCACCCCAACGACAGCGGCAUUUAUUUCUGUGGGAUAUCGUUCACCGAGUCCGAUUCAAUCCACUCGAAAAGUACAUCCAAUGGGACUAUUCUGGUUGUUAGAGCUAUGUACCAUAUGGUGAAGCCAUACACAAAAACGCUAAUGAUUAUCCUGACAGUGCUUCUGUUCCUGUACAGUGUCUGUAUUGUAGUCCUGCUUGUUCUUUAUAAGCCAAUAACAUGCAGGAGAGACAGGAAGAGGCCUUCCAAGGAGAAAAGAAAUUCUACAAGGAGGGCCAACUUCCGAGCUGUUGCGCAAGAGCUCUACAAUCGGAGGAACCCCAGAAAGAAUAAAAAAGCUGAGGAAACCUCAGCCGCUUCUACUCCAGAUGACCCCACUAUUUAUCAAAACUUGUGAGAAAUCGGUUCGCGGAAGCCAUUGCAAAAAUGUGAGGCGUACCACAGCUGCUUCCAAUAGUAGAAUGAGACCAUAACCGCUGCUGUGAAAAGACAGUUUUGAUUCUUAUACCAAAGAUCAAUAAAAAAUACAAAAAAUGAAAAAAAAAAAA